UUUUCCUCUCAGCCCACAAAUAGAGAGGGUACUUUGUUAGACCUCCCUCAGGUCUCCUGUCCCUCCACUCCUCCCUCUCCUUCUACUUCUUUUCUCUCUCCUCCUCCUCCUCCUCCUCUGCCCUCCCUCGCUCAUUCCUCGUUUCCUCAGCCAGCCCCAGAUAAGAAGGGGGCAGAAGUAUUUCUCUUCGGCCACUUCUGAAACUGGAGCCACCAGAGAAGGAUGGGAAGAAAAAAAGACUCUAUUUUUUCUCUCUUCUGUGUUCUUUUAUUCCUGGACAUUUGAGGAUCAAGAGUGGGUCUGGACCUGCACCUAGUACUUUAAGAACAGGAGGGAAUGUCAAGAAAAUCAUAAAAGACCUGCUCAGGGUCAAGCCAAUGGACCCAUCCUGAAGAGCAACCUGACCACAGAGCAAAAUUAAGACCCAAGGAGGGAGACAAGAAGAAAGGAGAUGAAUCCCAUGUUGUCUGAUGCACAUCUUCACCACAAGUGAAGAAGGAAGUGGAGAUCACAGAAUAGGUGUUGUUUUCUCUUUCUGCAUUUAAAAACGUUAAGUGAUUCUCUAGAAUUCAACAGAACAAGAUAAAGUGACGUAGUGCAGACUCGUACCUCUGGGACUGAGUGGUAUGUGCAAAGACUCCUGCUGCAACCUGCUGCAUCCUGCACACAGAUGUUUUCCUGAAGUGAAUCAGGGUCAAAGUGUGAACGAGCUUCUCUUGACCCUCUUUGCACUGAGAGAAAACACUUAAAGAAUAGUUGAAGAGAGCAUCAUGAAAGGUUUAUAUCUCAGCUGCGGGUUGCUGGUGCUUCUGCUGCUUUGGACCUUGUUGGUCAUCGCUGAUGCAGCCGGUGUUGCGAACACGGAUCGAGGAGGAGCUGGAAGAGGCCAGAGAAGAGGAGGUGGCGGUGGUGCGGGAGGAGGUGCGGAGAAGAGAAAAAGGUUUCAUCGAAUCCAACACGGGCAGUGCAGCUACACCUUCAUCCUGCCGGAGCUGGACGGAUGUCAGGGCACAGGACCGACGUCACAAACUGAACAAUAUGGCGGCUCUCGUGGCGGGGCAAGUGUCGUUCAGAGAGACUCGCCAUCGAUGUACGGCGAAUUGUCGGCUCAGAAACUGCAGCAUCUGCAGAACACGAUGGAGAACAACACGCAGUGGUUGCAGAAGUUGGAGAGCUUCAUUCAGAGGAGCAUAAAGUCGGACACCGCGAACAUACCGUCACACUUUGUUCACAACCAGACGGCCACCAUGCUGGAGAUCGGAACGAACCUCCUCACGCACACAGCGGAGCAGACACGUAAAAUCAACGUGGUCGAAGCGAAGGUGUUGAACCACACGUCUCGGAUUGAGAUUCAGCUUCUAGAGAAUUCUCUGUCCACCAACAAGCUGGAGAAAGAGCUGUUACUGCAGACGACCGAGAUCAGCCGGCUACGAGACAAGAACAGUCGUUUGGAGAGUAAAGUUAAGAUGUUGGAGUCUCAGCAGAGAGGAGAGAUGGAGGACAUGAAGGAGGAGAAAAAUAGACUGCAGUCCGUCAUCAGGACUCAGAUGGCGGCCAUCGAGUCUUUAGAGAAGCAGCUGAGAGUCGCCAGCAGCAACACCACGGCUCUGCAGAGGCAGCAGGCUCAGCUGAUGGAGUCUGUCCACACACUCAUCACCAUGGUGUCCAGCACUACAGGCUCACCCCCCAGGAACCAGAUGUGGAGAGACUGUGCAGAUGCUUACAAGGCCGGUCACUCUGUCAGUGGUCUGUAUCACAUCUACAUCGGCAACAAGACUGAACCUGUGCAGGUGUACUGUGACAUGGAGACGAGUGGCGGAGGCUGGACGGUCUUCCAGAGGCGGUUUAACGGCAGCGUGGACUUCCAGAGGAGCUGGAGGGAGUACAAAAUGGGUUUCGGGGACGUGUUCGGGGAGCACUGGUUGGGGAAUGAAGUUUUGUAUCUGCUGACCAGUCAGGGCCAGUACUCUCUGAGAGUGGAGCUGAGGGACUGGGAGGGAAACCCCGCCCACUCCCAUUAUGACAGAUUUACACUGGCCAAUGAGAAACAGCAGUACAGGUUGUAUCUGAGAGGUUACAGCGGGACAGCGGGGAGGCAGAGCAGCCUGGCCACCCACGGGACCGGCUUCAGCACCCGAGAUCAGGACAACGACAACUGUGAUCACUGCAAAUGUGCCCUGAUGCUCACCGGAGGUUGGUGGUUCGACGCCUGUGGUUUCUCCAACCUGAACGGUAUCUACUACACCAUCGGCCACAACAUCAGGAAGCUCAACGGCAUCAAGUGGCAUCACUUCAGAGGUCCCAGCUACUCCCUGCAGUCCACCUCCAUGAUGGUGCGGCCCUACGACUUCUGACAACACCCGCCAGACCCUCCGGUAUCAUGAUGGUACAACCCUUCAAACACCCCUCCAAAACGCUUUCCUGAUGAUGUGAAACUCUGGAACAUCUCUUCAGUUAUACAUUCAUUCCAUAGACUUCAAAAUACCUCUGCAGUUAGUAGAUACGACCAUAUUGACCUGUAGGUUUUGUCCAGCACCUGAUAGUGUCGAGAACGUCUAAUAAUUACAGGCUAAUUCUUCUUUUUUUUUUUAACUUCAUUUGUCAGGAGUGAUUUCAGUAAAAUUUGGUCACUCUGUUGGCAGAAGAUCAUAUCACGCUGUCCUCUGUUGCAUGAAAAACUGUCUUUCUAACGUCAUCAUACUCUUUGUACAAAUCAGAGAUGAUGCACACAAACCCUGGGGGAGUUUUUUGGACAAACAUGUAGGCUGUGAAAGAAAGGAGUGGUGCAUAAUGUUCAGUGAUUCAGGGGCCAAUGAUGUCAACGUUUGCAGCUGCUGUCGGCUUACAGAGGCAGCUGGUAAAGAGAAGGACAUGAAAACGCAAAUAUAUGAACCAAAUAUGACAGAUGAUGGUGUCAAAAAGGAACUCCAUAGAUUUUCAUUGUUUCCAGGUGUUUGGGAGGCUCUACAGCAUGUGUAAAAAUAGUUUUAGGCUUCAAUUGAUGUCACUUGUUUCAGCGUCAGUUGGGUUUGAAGACUACAAGUUUAAAAAAAGAAGAAAAUCUGGGGUUGUGGAGUCAGAAAGAAGUGAGGUUAGCAGACCUCUGUAGCUCCUCAUCUCAGCUGAAGGCUACAUUAGCCACAACUAGCAUAACACAACCGAAUGUCUGACUGAACUGUUGGUGGUCACACUACAUUGUGGGUAAUGUAGGCGCCAGGUUGUGACAAGGAAGAAGAAUGCCUGGAAUAAAAACAGAUGAUAUCUCUGGUUUUGCUGCAUCAAUUUUACUCUUUUUUUAUUGUCCAUCAUGAGUCUGAUAAUGUUUUAGAGGCUCUUUUAAGGAUGCUUAUAUUAACUUGUUGACUUUAUUUUGCUUUUUUCAUAAAGGUUACAGUAAUAAACUGGCUGACCAGCAGCAAGGCUGAUGCACACAGAUCACAGACAGUUAAAAAUCAAGCAAAGUUUCAUGUUAUCAUGAACAUAUCAGAAAGUAUUAGACUGUUCAAGUGAAUAAGAAAUGGAUGAUUGUGUAAAAUGUGCAUUUUAAUUCUUCUACAAGUGGAACAUGAAAGUGGCUUCAGGAGAUCAUGAAACAGUAUUGUGUCAAAUCAUCCAGAACAUCCAGACUGACAGCUGUAGAAGAGCUGGAAUGAGAUCAUGAGCCACAGCAGGAGGUGACUCUCCUCUGGUGUCCUGUUCCCCUCCCCACGUUUGGUUUUGUUGCAGUGGGAGGACUGGUCGGACUCGGUGAGGGGAGCUAACAGGCGACUGGACAAACAGGACCACGCUGUGUUCAAACUCAAAGACACUUUAGAAUCACAAAGUUGAUUGUGGUUUUUGGACGUCUGAGAAAAGACAAAGUGGACACAGGACAAAACUCCUUACUGUGUAUAUUGUUAACAAAUGAAACUUGUGUGUAAUAAAUGGAAAAUGAUGACGCCAUUAAGAGAGACAUUGGACAUCCUGGUUUCAGUCAUUUGUAAGGAAAGGGAACAGUAACAGCAUGCAGACUGAAUUUUUUAACAUAUAAGUAAUCGAUUUUUAUACCUAACGC